AUGGCUACUGCUGCUAUACUCAAGCUUCUCCUUUACCUCUUCUGGAUUUCUCUCUUAUUUCUCUCUGGAUCGUUGCAACUCUGCAUAGAGGAAGAAAGGAAGGCUCUGCUGAGCGUGAGAAGUGGUUUUCCUAGCGUCGAUAGAGUGCUAUCUCCAUGGAAGGGCAAUGAGUGUUGCAGUUGGAAUGGUGUAGGAUGCAACAGCAUCACAGGUCAUGUUAUCAAACUUGACUUCUCUUUUAGAUAUCCUUUGCAUCGUGGUAUUUUUUCCAACAGAAGCGAGGUGCAUCCUUUAUUGUUUCAUUUGAAGCAUUUGAAGUAUUUAGAUAUAAGUGGGAACAACUUAUCAAGCCAUCAAAUUCCUGGCUCGAUAGGAUCUUUAACUCAAUUGCAGCACUUGGACCUUUCGGGAUGUUGGUUCCAAGGAGAAAUUCCCUACCAACUUGGCAGUCUCUCCAACCUGCGUUACUUAUCUCUGUCUUUCAACGAGAUUUCAGGACAAAUACCAGCAUCUUUUGUCCAUCUCAGCAAUCUGCAGUUCUUGGACCUGAGCUAUAAUAACAUCAGCGGAGAGAUACCAGAAGAUAUUGGCAACCUCAGAAACAUAGAAUGCUUGUUCUUCUGUUAUAAUCAGAUCGAAGGUAAUUGCCGGGGAUUACCGGAGACUAUUGGCAAUCUAACUGCAUUGCAGAAGUUGGACUUAUCGGGUAAUCAGAUUAAUGGAAAGAUACCGGAUUCAAUGAGAAAUCUCCUUCAGCUAGAUGUUCUUAGUAUCUCUCAGAACAACAUAAGCGGAUUGAUUCCUGAUGCCUUGGGAAGUCUAUGCAACUUGAGUACAAUCAAUCUCUCUUAUAACAGCAUAACAGGGAGUGUUGUUGAAUUCUUUGAACAACUAUCAAGAUGCAGAAUUAACAAAGGUCUUUCCCAUGACUUGCAUGACAAUCAGUUUAGUGGUCUUUUUCCUAGUCCUUUUGAGAGGCUUCAAAGAUUAGUUUUUCUUGACCUUGGUUCCAAUCAAUUGAGCGACUCAGUUCCAGCAUCCUUGGGGAAAUUGUCUGCAUUAAUGACCUUAAGUCUAUGUUCAAACUAUUUGGUUGGAGAUAUCACAGAAGCCCACUUUGCCAAUCUCACAAAUUUAUAUUACAUGGAUAUAUCUGACAACAACUUGUCAGUCAAAGUGAGCCAAGAUUGGCUUCCUCCAUUUCAAGCAGUAGGAAUUCGAAUGGGCUCCUGCAACUUGGGACCCAGAUUUCCUCCAUGGGUGCGGAACCAAACCAUUUUAAAUGAGCUAGACAUAUCAAACAAUGGAAUUUCAGAUGCUUUUCCUGAUUGGUUUUGGAGCUCGUGCACAUCCAACUUGGAGCUAGAUGUUUCUCAAAAUCAUAUGAGAGGAAUGUUGCCACGCUCUUUAGAAUGCUUCAAGGAUGUAUGCAAAUUAAAUUUAAGUUACAACAACUUUGAAGGCUUCAUACCAAGAAUGCAACUUUCGGAUGCAUAUUUGGACUUCUCUUACAAUUCCUUCUCUGGACCUAUUCCUAGUAGCUUGGCUGAUAAUGCUGUGUAUAUGUCUUUGUCAAACAACAAAUUGAAUGGUAGUAUUCCAUCCUCCGUUUGUACAGGAAAUUUUCUAGAAGGUAUCGACCUUGGCAACAAUGAUUUAUCUGGAACACUCCCUGAUUGUUUCAGAUAUGAAUCAGAAUUGAUGAUUCUCGACGUUUCAAACAACAAGUUAUCCGGCAGGAUCCCUAGCACACUUGGAUUUUUACGAAGACUCCAAUCGGUGCACUUGAAUCACAAUAGACUCUCUGGCACAAUUCCCACAACAUUGAUACAGUGCAUUGCACUUGUGGUAAUUGACUUCAGCUGGAAUGAAUUGUCUGGUGACAUACUCAGUUGGAUCGGACCAGAACUGUCAUCAUUAAGAGUCCUUUCUUUGAGGUCAAAUAAGUUCACCGGUGAGAUUCCAUCAAAACUCUCGUUGAUGCCUUCACUCCAAAUCUUAGAUCUUGCUCACAAUCUUUUCUCUGGUUUGUUGCCUCCUAGUUUUGGUAAUUUCACUGCUAUGAUGAAAAAACAGAACCAUAAAAUACCUUCACCUCGAGUAUCUCUGCAUUAA